AUGGAAAGAGCAUCCUUAAAAAUCUACGUCCGUGUCAAAUCUGAAGAACAUAACGACACAAUUACAACGUCAAAAGAUCUGCAUGAAAUCAAAAUUUCUGACGCACAAGAGCGAGCAAGCCACACUUUUGAUUUUUAUAGGGUUUUUUUGCAAGACUCCAAUCAAGAAGAAAUCUAUGAUACAACGUGCAGACCGCUGGUAGACCAUAUGAUGGACGGGUUUGACGCCACAUUAUUUGUGUAUGGACCGACAGAUUCUGGGAAAAGUUUUACAUUGUUUGGAGGAGAAGGACAUAAAUAAAAUGGCGACGUAAACAGUCCGUCCUCUCCCGGACCUGUUUCGAGUUUAGGGACUUUGCUGCGGCCUGAAGCCAAACCGAGUAGGAAACGGAGUCUACGGAUACUGGGUAUUUGCGUUCGGGCUUGGUUUUGCCCCUUUGAAGGCUUUGUGUCUUCCCAAUGGAAAUUUGGGAAAAAGACUUUUACCCCUCGAGACACUAGUGCCGAAAACGAAGGUAUAGUUGGUACCGAUACUCAUUAGGGAGUUUAUCCCUAGCUGGAACUCUAGUUACUAUCAGCAUCUUCAAGUCCCAAGCCUACAUACUCCAAGAUUUCGAGAUAGCAUUAAGAGCCAGGCUGAAAGCCGGAGGAGAAUAUCUCUGCUGGAAAUGCUGACAUACCAAGGAGGUUCGCCAGCAGCUGAACGAGUCUUCUACGAAGACUCCUCUCAGGUAAUAUAUUAAAGGAAGAAGAGCCCUAAUUAAUAUUAAUUUUUGGAGGAGAAGGAUUCCAUAACCGUGGGAUGUUUUUAAGAGCGAUGGAAACGAUUUUUGAAGAGUCUCAAAGACUGUCUUAUCAAAAAGAUAUCCGAAUAAAAAUGCAGAUGCUGGAGCUUUAUGGAGAUAAAAUUCGCGAUUUAGGAUUAGCCUAUAAAGAUGCACAUGCAAUAAAUGUUUUCCCGAACCAGCAGCUGGACAUUGAAGAAAGUAUGGGGAGAGUGAUGAUUGGCUCAGCUUCAGAGUUUGAGGUUAGGACCCCUGAUGAAGCUAAUGGGGUUGUAAGCCAUUUUUAUAUGAAUGAUUUGGAUUAUAUUAAUAGGAAAAAAAUAUUUAAUUAGCGAAAGAUUCAUAUAGUCAUAUAAUAAAUCAAGGAUUUGAAUUAAGAGCUGCUUGUGAAGCAAAAUCUGGAAAAUAUUCCACAAGGGCACAUACUAUUAUUGCUAUCACUUUAAGCCAAAAAUAUAAAACUGCUGAGUGGGAUCAGUUAACAAGCAGCACACUUUACUUUGUAGAUUUAGCAGGCUCAGAAAAGCCAAAAACCCGUAAAGGGAAAGAAUUUUACGAGUCAUUAAACGCCAGCUCAAGCUUCCACGCUUUAAGCAAAGUUCUUGCUACCUUAAAUUCAAGCCAAACUUCAUAUAGAGACCACAAAUUGACCAGAAUUUUGGAAAACGGAAUGUCAAAUAACGCUAUGAUUUCUAUGAUUGUAUGCGUAAACCCAGACAAGGUGCAGUUUGAAGACACUUUGGCAUCACUUACCUUUGCAGACCGAUGCAAGCCACUUACAGCUGGCGGUGCUGCCUUUUUUGCAUCUGAUAAAUUGACAGGAAAUGAGGUCGAUAUGAAAAUAAAAUUAUUGCAAGACGAAAGAGCUGAACUUAAAGAAAAAUUAAGAAAAAUCGAAAUGACUCAAGAAGAGCAGCUUAAAAAAAUCGUGGAUAUGCUAGGAAUUGAAGGAGAUGUAGACACCCUUUUACAGGCACAACCGGGGUCUAGAGAACUUGCUAAAAUAAAUCAGCAAAAAGAAGCAGUCCAAAAAGUUGACAGUUUAAUAAAGAAAAAUAAAGAACUUGAAAAAAAAGUUGAAGAAAAUAAACAAAUUUUUGAAAAAAUAAAAAAAGCGGAAAAUCAAAGCCAAGAGCAGCAUUUGAGGAAAGUUUUGGAGCUGAAAGAUGAGCUCGCAAGGCUUAAAGAAGAAUUAGAAGAAAAUAAAGCAAAUGCGGAGCAUAAUCAAAAGGAGCAGAUGGAUACCAAAGCAGAAGAGUUGCAAAGAAUGCUAACUCCCUUGGCUAGAAAAUUUUUUGGUUACUGGUUCCUUCUAAAGAGCAGUCCAAAUAUUUUUAAAUUUUUAAGAGUAUAUCAUAGAAAGCAAAAAAAAUUUUAAAUAUAAAUAUUUUACAAAUAAUAGUCGUAUAUAUAAUUAAGAAUUAUAAUAUAAAAAAUGACUGCUAACUAUAUUAAAAUUUUAAAAGUUUGCGCCUUUUUAAAGCAACUCUAUAUUUUUCUUUUAAAUUGUUUACAAAUUCUGAUUUUUUAAGCCCGAAAACAAUUUUUUUAUAUAUAUUUUAUAUAUAAAAUUUUGAAAAAUACCUCUUCGUUAGCAAGCAGAAAAAAAUUUGCUUUCUAACAAAGGGGGAACUAAGCAAUUCGCAUAAACUGGUCGAAGAAAAACUUGCUAUUGUGCAUAAUUUGCCUAAAGCAAUGCAGGCAAUAGGAAAUUUGCCAUCAGCUCAAGAUAUGAAGGAGCUUGGGAAGCUAGAAGUGGAAAAAGAAUUUCAAAAAAGAUUUAGAGAACAAGAAAGAAACCAUCAAAAGCAGCUUGAAAGUGUAAAAACACAAUAUGAGCAGCUUGUUAAAGAGAAAGAAGCAAUGCUUUCUAAUAUGGUCAAAAACUUUAAAGAAAAUAGAAAGACAAAAAAGGACGAAAUUUCAGCUUUAAGGAAAGAAAUGACGCAGCUGUAUGAGCUUAUAUCAAACCAAAAAAAGGUGCUAAAUAAUAUUGAAAAUGGGAAAUAUAAUCAAAAUUUGAGAAAAGUUUUAUAUUUAGAAUCAAAAUGAAUGGUAUAUUUAUACUGAAUUUAAUUAGAAGCUCUUAUUAAUAGCAAGAUCAGUGCUUUGCUUCAUAUAAAAAAUUAUCAUUUUAUAUUAUAAAUAAAUACCUAUAAUCAAUCUAAAUCUAUAUAAAAUAAAAUAAAUAUUUCUAUUUAUUCCCUAAUAUAAACUUAAAUCAGCCCAGUUAUGCAUAUUCCAAAAGAUAUGAUGCCUGAAUUCCCAACCCCUGAAACUUUUCCUCAUCUCUUUAAAUCAUUUCAAAGAGAAAAAACAGAAACUAAUGUGUCAGCCCACAAACCCGCAACAAAACAAGAAAAAUCCGAAAUUCAGCCUUCAGGCAGAAAAAUCGGAAAUUACUGUUUGAUAGCUGAUAUGUCAACAGUUCCUCCAAAUGAAGCAAAAAGGCUUGUAGAAAAUCUCCGAGAACUAUAUAAACAAUCUGAAGCUGAGCUAGAAAAUGCCAAGAAAAACCAAUCUUCUAUCCAAGAGCAAAAAGCAGCCCUCCAGGAACAAAUUAAAAAUGCUAAAGAAGAGCGUGACCGAUAUAGAGAACUUUAUUCAAAAGAAAUGAAGCAAAAAUGUGAAGCGAAAAGUAUAUUUUUUAGGAUAAAUUCGAGAAAAUCAAUAAAUUCUUUUAUUUACAUAAUAAAAAUAAGUAGCUGCCCAUAAUUAAAUAAAAAGACAUAUUAUCGAAAUCCAAAGAAAAACCCUUGAAAAAAAUUACCUGCUAAGCAACGAAAGAGGACAGUCAAGAUCUUCAAAUGUCAGACCUACAACUGGAGCAAAUUUAAGAAGAAAUAAAAUAGAAUAA